AUGUUCGCUUCCAACUUCUGCAUCGACGACGCCUACCUGACGCACGUCCGCGGCCAAGACAAGCUCUCCAGCUGGGGCCAGUCCAAGACCAUCGCUUCCGGGAACACGAUGACGAACUAUUUCUGCAAGACGUGUGGGACCCUCAUGUAUCGCAAGAGCUCCGGCUUCCCCAAUCUCAGCGUCAUGCGUAUUGGCACCGUGGAUGAUUUCGCGCUGCACGAGACGAAGCUGAAGCCGACGGUGGAGCAGUUUGUCAAGGAUCGCGUGUCUUGGCUGAGUGGCGCCGAGGGCGUGGAGCAGGAGUCGGGGAAUGUGGUGGGGCAGGGGAAGUAG